AUGGGAAACCACUGCACUAAUCUCCCAAGAAAAUCACCUAUGGACACACAGAAAAAGAGUAAAGUUCUGUCAUGCGACCCGGCCAACGCCCGGCGCCACCUCUCCGGGCAAGGUGAUGUGAAAUAUGCUACCAGCCUUGCCAGCGCAACUCACCAGGCGACGCCGCAAGGAAUUCAUUAUUCUGGUGCAUCUACAGCUACAACACCCAUAGCUAAACAAAUAUACUCCAUCGGGACUUGGAAUGUUUGCGGCCUCAUUCAAGACGGGAAACUAAGCAUUAUAGAAACAGAAAUGCAAAGAAAGAAAAUUGACAUACUUGGUUUGAGUGAAACUCACCGGAGAGGCUCUGGCUAUUUUACAUCUGACAUGGGUAAUACAGUAUAUUUCUCUGGACUUGAAUAUGAAAGCAACCGAGGAGUCGCAUUCAUUGAAGUUGACGUUGUGGCUGAAAUGGUGGUGUAG